GUUAAAAUCAACAUUGAUGUUCUUAUCUCCUUAUCAUAAGCGAGAUAGCUUUCUGUUUCAAUCGCGUCAAGCGCGAACCAUCAAUAUGGGGAAAUGUUGAAAUGCGAUACAAUCCACAAUCUUGUACACUCUAAUUCCUCAUGUUUACUAUGGUGAAUGUUUCAUGAUUUAUUUACUCACAAUGUUGCGAUCUGACGAUUGACCAAACUACAACCUCCCCCCUUUCACCUGCGCCCUAGACCUUCCAUAAUGUCGCUUUGGACAAAACCAGCAGUUCCAGAUGCCCCUCCUCCAAAGGAUGUCGCUGAUGUGGCAGAUACUGGUUUUGCAGAUGUAGGUCUUCCUGCGCCUACUCCAGUAUCGCAAGCUUCUACUAGUGCUUCUACGGCACGCCCUCAACUUGCACGGAAUCAACCUCAACCUCCUCCACCACAUCAGCCACCACCACCGCCUUCAUCCCAGCAGAUGGUUGGCAAUCCGAACGACUCGCUUUCCUUGAUGCAACUGAAAAGACUCGUUACUGAGUUUCCAAAGGUUGACCCUACAUCAUAUACUUUCGUCUACAGCGAUACAGCGACAUUUGAAGAAGAGGUGGACGAGUGGUUUUCGUACAACGAGGCAGAAUUCAAAAGAUUACACAGAGCAAAGGAUACUUUCCAGAGAAGAUGGAAGAAAUUUUCUGCUAAAAUUUGGACAGAGGUCGAUCGGGAGGAACAACUGCAAUUCGUCAACAGUGAAGUUCAGGGUUUGCAUGCUAGCGAUUUACGUAGGAGAUGUAAAAGCUUACAAACUUUACUACACAUUACACUAGGCAACUGGGAUGAAAAUGCUGGAAAGAAGGAGGAAUUGGAGUCCAUUCAAUCGGGCGAAAAGAAAGGAAGAACGAAGGCGACGCCUUCGCACGUCGAAAGUAUGAAGAGAAGCAUAUCACUUCUUGCAGAGAGUGGUGGAAUUGAGAUGAUCUACGAAGUCAUGAAAACCGCUUUCAAACAUUUAUGGGAUGACGAAUUUCGAGAGACAAAAAUAACGGAAGAUGAUAUACCAUUUGUACAGGAUGAGCUCGAUAAUGUUAUGACUAUAUUUUACUUAACGAUAGAAGGCGUUCGUUGUCACACAGAAUCUCUCGAUCUUGCGCGGAAGACUCUUCUGGGCCUGGAGCCAAACAUUGUUCAUUAUUUGUUGUCGAUUACUGGAAAGUUACGAUGGGAUGAGGCGAACGAGUUACCCCAAACACGAAUCUUUCUUCUGUUUUGGAAAUCCAUAUUAUUCGUAUUUGGGGGUACUAAGGAAAUCGAUAAAGUCAAAAGGGCAACCGAUGAACUGGCCAAUUCAGGGGGCGAGAAGAUAAUAACUGCCUCUCCUCUUGACUAUCACAUCUUCCGGCAAGAAAUCACUUCAAAGUACCCCGCGUACAUUCCCCCAGAACCUUUAAUACCCCUAGAGCCCGAUAAUAAUUCCAUAUUGCCACCAUUGCCGAAUAGACCAAGCCGAGCUAGUACAACCGGUGUUAUGAACCCUCCAACGAAUGUCAAUAGUAGUGGAGCUUCAAUUCUUCAUCAGCCAGUUCAUAUAGCUACACCUGCUCCAUCUCCACCUCCGUCCCCACCAGUUGGAGGAAAGGCAGGUAAGAAACAAAAUUAUCAAACAAAUCAAAACUUCCCAUUUAUGUACCCACCUCUUGAUAGCACUAGCAAUAGUGCCGGUGGAAAAGGCACUGCAGGACUACAGGAUUUGCUUGUGGGUCGUAAAUGGGAAGGGAGUGAUAUUCCCAAGUCAAUAUUGGAGGCCGGUGAACUAUUUGCUGGUAGAAUGCGAAUGACUAGAGCUAUGCGUCAAUUGUGGGAUGAGAGAGAACGGUUUCUAAGAUUUGAACGAGGAUGGGAUGACAGAGAUGAUGAGGAUAUAGAAGAACUUGAUCUCGAACACAUAUUGGCUGACGGACUCAAGUCUGAGAAGUCAAAGUCGCCGAAAGUAGAAGUUGAUUAUGGACCACGACAAGACAUCAGUGAUGAGGUGAAGAGGAAGUUGGAUUUGGUAGAGUCUUUCUACCAAUAUUCCAUUCCGCAUUUACAAUCACUUGUUAUAGUUCUUAUCAAGGCUAUGUUGGCGAACGUUACGAAUUUGAUGAAUCAGUCAAUAAAUGCCCAACCACAAAGCAGCGUCCCUAUAAGUGCACGAGCCAAUGGCGCCCGAGGGCCAGGCCAAGCUCAAGAUCCCGCAAGCAUACCUCUACCAAAUCCAAUCGAUCUUGCAGAUCUCACAGUAGAAGAAAUCGAGGCAAUGAGGUUCAGAGAGAUUACCUCAAAGGCAGUAUCCGGUAUUCUUCUCAUUGUCCUGAAAUGGCUCAAAGUUUCCCACAUCCUCAAAUUCGAAUACUUUACGCAGCUUCUGCUAGAUUCUAAUUACCUACCUUUGAUUCUUAAAAUGUUCGCCCAUCAAGAGAUAGAUAGAAUUGUGGACAGUAGGAUAGACCGCGAAGACUUGAGCUUCUUCGCAUUCUGUAACGGCAACAGCAAAUGGGCUUUGACCACUGAAGAAGACAGUGAGGAUGAUGCUGCUCCACCUCCAAUAAAACUACAAAGAGACAGUACCGUGAUCAAUAAUGACGAUCAACUUCCAGCUCUGUCUUUUCAAGAAGGUCAGCAUGCAGCUCGACGAGAUACAGAAGUCGAAGAACUUGGCUUUCCAACAACCGAAAUCAAUUCGGAACCCAUUACCGAAUUCUCCUGGCGCAACUUCUUUUCAUCCAUUAAUUUCCUUCGCAUCAUGCAAAAGAUUUGUAAGAACAAAGCUCACCGGAACCUACUUCUGGUUCAGUACAAAUCAUCCAACAUUCUCAAGAAGUCCUUCAAAAUUCCUCAACCCGAACUUCGUCUAUACACUCUGAAAUUGUUUAAAAACCAAGUUCCAUACUGUGGCCGCAAGUGGAGGCAGGGAAAUAUGAGAGUUAUAACGGCGGUGUACCUACAUUGCAGGCCUGAAUUGAGAGAUGAUUGGCUGGCAGGUAGUGAUGUAGAUGCUGAAGUCGAGGAAGCAUUGCCACUGGAACAAGCAUUAAGAGCGCUGACGCAUUGGUUCAAUCUGAGAAGAUAUCCAGAAAGAAUGGGUGCAGACACGAAGUUAUUGCAAGAAGAACACGACUUUUUCACAAGAGAGUUGGACGGGAUGGAGAUUGGUAUGGAGGAAAUGGGGAUGGGAAAUGGAGAAGAGAGUAUGGAUGGUAGUAUGUGGGGAGAUGGAAGUAGCGGUUGGCAGUGAGGAAUAACAGAGGAUUUGUAUGGAUACCAUGUUAACAUGAGGUAUUUGUACAUACAAUGAAUGCAAUGAAUGACGAGAGACGAAUCCUCCCAGCCGCUUACUCGCAUCCAAUCGCAAUCCAGUAAAUAAAUGAUAUCACUUCUUGCA